UGGGGUUCCUCGCCGUUCUGUAAAUCCCCUUGGAUCCCUGCCUGCUCUGGAGGCCCUACACAGAAAAGGGCUGCUUAUACUACAGACCUGAAUAGAGCAUCACCAACCAAGAGCUCCAUAUCAAUUAUCCAUUGAUCAAGCCAAGCAUCCUCUCUGGUAGAGAAAAGCCAGAGAGAGAGAGAGAGAGAGAGAGAGAGAGAGAGAGAGAGAGAGAGAGAGAGAGAGAGAGAGAGAGAGAGAGAGAGAGAGAGAGUGCUGGGGAUAACUGUGAGGUCAAAGAGGGAGGGGGUGAGGAGGGGAGGGAGAGAGAGCUCACACGAACAGUCGACUUUACUGCCACUUACCUAGCAAACACUGUUUCAGCACUGCAAGGAAAUAGUCAGCAGCAUUGAAGGCUUCCCCUACCCCGCUUUUUCCUCCCCUUCCCCAAGGUUCACUCUGAAGCUUGAUAAAAUCAGAAACGAGCUUGGGGUCCUGUUUGUUUGCGUAGGCUAGGCAGGACACGAUGGCCACUAAAGAUGGGAUAUUUAGCACUCCUUCAUACAUAACUAUUGACGAUCCAUAUAGUGGGGAGCACAGGUCAGGUGAGCCUCGACAUAGAGGGAGGCAGUUCAUUAUAUCUAUUGGCAAAAAGGGGCGAGGCAAUGAUGCAUUUUUCGACCCUUUCAAAAGACUUUUUGAAGAUGAAGAGUAUGUCGACAUUCGCUCUUAUAAGGAUGUGGAACGCAAGCUUGGAUUUCUGGCCAGCACUGCUCCCCAGAGAGACGAAUUCAGUUACACUCGCCGUGCUGCGCAGUUAAAGGAGUUGUUAACCAAGGAAGAGACAUUAAGGAAAACUCACUCUGUGAACCAGGUCCAACUGUCCACUGAUCUGUACAGUACAAAAGCUGGGAUGCUUGCCACAUACUUCCAUUCUCCAGAGCUGCAGUAUGAUGUUGACAAGGUCGACAUCAGUGAUCCUUGCAUGAAAUGUCACCACGAUCUUCAUAGAUGUCCACACAAGGUAGCAAAGCUGAUGGAGACCAUCCCAGAACCAGAUCCAUUGCGAGAUAGGACUUCGUCGUCAGAUUACGGUCGGUUAACAUUACUCAGUACCACCGGAUACGUUCCAGCUAAGCAUGCACAUCGACCAAUCAUAGCGGCAUCAUUUUACCGCAGGCAGGGUGUGCUGCCGAGAUAACAUUGGAUUAUGGUCAUUCUUGUUCAACAGAAAACAGACAAGGCUAUGCAUGUCAAGAGGGCAAUGACCAUCAUCCACCUUGAAAGACCAUAUGCUGGAGCACCCAUGGCAAUUGUGUCGGGAACAAAGCCCCUGACAAUCGGAGCAUGGCGAUCCAAAUUGCAUAGCCAACUUUCUCAAGCCUGGUUACUACAGGGGGACCCUGGUAGAAUGAAAGAUCAUGCAUGGAAAGGGAUGACGAUGCAUCGGGAGCAACAUUGAGAGCAUACCCGUCUAGAAGUUUUUGACUGAAUCUGGGUGUGUUUGCGGUCAGGUAUACCGCGGAAAGUCGUAGUGGGAGUGCUCCGUAACUGCAAUAUGUACUGCAGUGGGCCAAUGGCGAUCUGAGCGGAAGGAUCCCUUCUAGAUGGUGACAGGUAACAUAAAACUGCUGGGGGGUCCUGAACUACUGCCGGGCUACACAAGAAGAUGGCUUGGCAAGGUCUCAAGGUCCAUGUGAGGGAGGCACCACAAUGUUGCACUGAAAUGACUUAGACCACCAGUACUUCCGAGCCACUUUUGCCCGGGAGGCACCUCAAUGUUGCACUGAAAUGACUUGGACUCCACCAGUAUUUCCGAGCCACGUUUCACUGGUGCCGCCUGUGCAGGGCACGGCGGAUAAAAAUGGCUGGGAAGAUUCUUACCAGGGAGGUGUCUUCAUUCACCUUUUUUGUUAGGGUCUGACCCUUGGUAUGCAAAAGAGCCAUGUCUGUACCACUGGCAGAUACGUGGCCGGCUGUGUACAUCCCUGCACAUCCCCACAAUUCCCUGUAAGAACGUGUGUUUGUACUUCGCCUCCUAAAGCGUCCCCCAACUGUCUUCGGCCUGUGUGUGAUUGGAGUUCAGGCUGUGGAUGAACUGGACCUUUAGGGCAUAUUCACACAAAGACUUCUCUAUUGAAUUCAGCCAUAGGUUUGGCUGAGUAUAUCCAGGAAAAGUGCCACUACAAGAGCACAUGUAGAAGGCCUUUCUACCAGAUACUAGUGCUGCACAUCCCUCGUUUGCCAGCAAUGAGGUUUUUCUUUCCCUAAUGUUUAACUAUACCAGUAAGUGCCCCUCUGUCAUUGGGAAUGCGAACAAGGUCUCACAACUUGAAAUUUUCUCACAUCUGGCUGACAAAAAGAAAGGCCUCUCAUUCGGCUGACUAACACCUCUCAUUUGGCUGAUUAACCAGCCAAACAACAGCCAGGUAACUGCGGGCUUUCAGUCCACAUUCAAUUCUGAGGGUAGUAAACCAGAACUACCGUC